CUCAUCGGCAGAAGAAUCAGGGCGAGAGGGGGGUGCGGAAAAUCGAUGCAUGUCUAGGGGAGAUUUUUUAUGUUUGAUCCUUCAAGACAAUUUGAUGUCAGCAUGCAAUGAAUGGAUGUUUUAAUGGUAAGGGAUAUGGUUUGAAGAUUGCCUCCGAUCUCGUAACAUACUAUGCUAGCACUUAUGAUGCAAGGACAGAGGGUACAUUUCAAGUUUCUCAUUUCACUCUAACCACUUACUUUCCUGCUAUGCUCGUAUGCUCUCUUUCUUUCUAUCUGUCUGUGUGUGUGUGUCUACUACCGUCUAUUAAGCCUCUUCUUUCUCUGUUCGUGCUUGCUCUUCUGCCUCUUCUUCUUGGCUGAGUGAUGUGUUCCCUGUUUCUAAGUUAUCAUCUGCUAGCUUGUUCCACUUUGGGAUCUUCAGAGGUAUUUGACAGGGAGAAAGCACCCCUUUGGUCACGACAUCAUCUCGAUGGAUCUCCAUCUUUCCAUGUAACUGUGUGUGACUGUUGGUGAGAGCAACAUUGGUGGCUCCUAUUCACGACUGAUCCACUCUAAAACCCAUCCGUUUCCAUGUGAUGGGGUUCUGGAAAAAGCUCAUUUCCACUCUCACCAAAUUCAAUCAUUUGGACAAGCGAAUUUCCCCAUUGAGUAAAUCCAUGCUCAACAACGAAUCGGAAGAGGGUGAGCCCAAGGACGAGGGACCUUGGGACAGGUUCCAAUCCAAGAUCUCGCGCCAAUUGACAAGCACAGCCAUUGACACGAGUAAACCCAGUCAUUACAAAUGGCUAUGUGUCAUCAACACGGCGGUCAUUUACAAUCUGAUCUUUGUGAUUGGGCGCUCGGUGUUUUGGGAGUUGGAAAAUGCCUCGCCCACGGGAUGGAUCAUCAUGGAUUAUGUCUGCGAUGCUCUUUACAUUCUGGACAUCAUCGUUCGCAUGCACGAAGGAUACUUGGAACAUGGCCUCAUGGUGAACGAUAGUGGUAAACUUCGUCGGAACUAUCUCAAGUCCAAGUAUGCUCCUUUGGACAUGAUCAGCAUUCUUCCCACGGACCUGGGCUACUUAUUUUUUGAAUCCACCUGCCAGGAGAGUCUACCUUGUCCGGUGAUCUUGCGGUUGAAUCGCGUGUGUCGCGUAGACCGCAUGAUCGAGUUCUUCGAGAAAACUGAGACCAGGACUAAUUUUCCCAACGCCUUCCGAAUCGCCACCGUCGUCUUCUACAUCCUGGUUCUGAUCCAUUGGAACGCCUGCUUCUUCUUCGCCUUGAGUUUUGCCAUAGGAUUCGAGACCGAUGGUUGGGUGUACCAAGGGUCGCCCAAGCUCUCCACCCAGUACAUUUAUAGCUUCUAUUGGUCGACGUUGACGUUGACCACCAUCGGGGAGACACCCCAACCCGUGCAGGAUGUCGAGUAUCUGUUCGUCACCAUCGACUUUCUCAUCGGUGUGCUCAUCUUUGCCACCAUUGUGGGUAACAUCGGGUCCAUGAUCACGAACAUGAAUGCGGCUCGAGCAGAUUUCCAGAAUAAGAUGGAUGCCAUCAAGCAAUACAUGGUGUUCCGAAAAGUGGGCAAGGAUUUGGAAACACGGGUCAUCAAAUGGUUCGACUACCUCUGGAGCAACAAGCAAGCCAUGGACGAGGAAUCGGUCUUGAGUAUGUUACCGGAUAAGCUCAAGGCUGAGAUUGCCAUCCACGUGCAUUUGGAUACGCUGAAGAAGGUGCACAUCUUCCGAGAUUGCGAGAAGGGCCUUCUCGUGGAUCUCGUCUUAAAAUUGAAGCUCCAGGUGUUUUCCCCCGGGGAUUACGUGUGUCGCAAAGGCGACGUGGGCAAAGAGAUGUACAUCAUUAAACGAGGAAAAUUGGACGUGGUGGCGGACGAUGGGACCACGGUUUACGUGACUUUAGGCGAUGGUGCCGUAUUCGGAGAAGUGAGCAUUUUGAAUAUUCCGGGUAAUAAAACCGGCAACCGGCGCACGGCCAAUGUUCGAAGUGUCGGCUAUUCGGACUUGUUCUCGCUCUCCAAGGACGCCCUUUGGGACGCCUUAGCCGAAUAUCCCGAGGCCAAGCGAAACUUACUCGAAAAGGGACGACAAAUUUUAAUGAAGGACAAUCUGAUUGACGAAGCCCGAGCCAAGGAAGAGGAGGCCGCACAGGAAAGUGUGGAACAGAAAAUGGAAAAAAUUGAAUUCAGUCUGGAUAAUAUGGUGACCAGAUUCUCACGGCUGUUGGCUGAAUAUUCCAGUUUCCAGAUCAAGACCAAGCAAAGACUGUCCAGAUUGGAACAAUAAAAAGGGUAGACAAUUCCUUCGAGAGGCGAGAUAAAGUGAGCCAAUCGAUCGCUUUGCAUUUACACGAUGAGCACGAACAACCUCAAAAUCGUCCAUGAUUAUCAUUAUCUCAAAGAGCACAACACAAUCGGAUCUUGAAACACAUAUAUAUACAAAUAUCUAUUUAGCCCAUUCCAUUUUUUUUGUGGUUCUCUACUUACCCAGCACCACGUCAUUUUCUUCCCUCCUAGCGAAAUAAACGUGUCGAAAAGUU